CUUGAAGCUUCCCUUAAAACCCUAACGCCUCUCUCGCUCAUUCAUUUCCAGAGAGAAGCCGAAAAUGUCGAAGAGAGGACGCGGAGGUUCCGCGGGUAACAAGUUCAGGAUGUCGCUGGGUCUGCCGGUGGCGGCGACGGUCAAUUGCGCCGACAACACUGGCGCCAAGAACCUUUACAUCAUAUCCGUGAAGGGAAUCAAGGGUCGACUCAACAGGCUUCCGUCUGCCUGCGUCGGCGACAUGGUUAUGGCGACCGUGAAGAAGGGGAAACCCGAUCUCCGUAAGAAGGUCAUGCCAGCCGUCAUCGUUCGCCAGCGCAAGCCCUGGCGCCGAAAGGACGGCGUCUUCAUGUAUUUCGAAGACAAUGCUGGGGUUAUUGUCAAUCCCAAGGGUGAAAUGAAAGGGUCUGCUAUUACUGGUCCUAUUGGUAAGGAAUGUGCUGAUCUUUGGCCUAGGAUUGCAAGCGCUGCCAAUGCUAUUGUCUAGAGAAGUUGAAUCUUGAGAUUCUUCAAAUUUUGUGCUUUUUGUGAGUUUGGUAAAAAGUGACUUGGAGAUUAUAUGUUUUUUUUGAAAUUUCUUAAGAUAUUUCUGAGGUUUAUCUUAUUUUGGACUGUUAAUCAUAUAGCUCAGAGGAAUUUUUCUUCCAUGCUAUAUAUUUAUAUGCUGUGGCUUCUGAUUC